GUCAGAUAAUGGUGUGACGGGUUGACGGCUGGCAGUAGCAGACUCCCGGUUAGACAAGAGGACGUGACUCCGCUGCCGUGUCAUUUGUCACCAGGACACCACUCCCGUCUUUCGACAAGGCGUAACGUUCAUUUAUAAGUUACUGUGCUAACGAAUGCUGAAAUGUCAGCGAAAGCCAUCUCAGAGCAGACGGGAAAAGAAUUCUUGUACAAGUACAUCUGCACCUCGGCCGCUGUUCAGAACCGCUUCUUCUAUUCCAGAGUCACCACUGAGACUGACUGGAACCGCCUCACUCAGGAGCACCCAUGGCUGCUGACAGAGCGGCUGGUGGUGAAACCAGAUCAGCUGAUCAAGCGGCGUGGGAAGCUAGGGCUUGUGGGCAUCGACCUGGACCUGCAGGGAGUCAAGGAGUGGCUGAAAGACCGCUUCAUGAAAGAGACCACUGUGGGCAAGGCAAAGGGUGUGCUGAAGAAUUUCCUCAUUGAGCCAUUUGUUCCACACACACAGGAGGAGGAGUUCUAUGUGUGCAUCUACGCCACACGUGAGGGCGAUCAUGUGCUUUUCCACCAUGAGGGAGGAGUGGAGGUGGGCGAUGUGGAUGCCAAGGCCCAGAGGCUGAUGGUUGCAGUAAAUGAAAAGCUGACUGAGGACCAAGUCAAAGAGCAUCUCCUCACAAAUGUUUCUGAAGAUAAGAAAGGAGUCCUGUCUAAUUUUAUUGUGGGCCUCUUCAACUUGUAUGAAGACCUCUACUUCACCUACCUCGAGAUCAACCCUCUUGUUGUUACUGAAGGUGGAGUGUACGUACUUGACAUGGCUGCUAAGAUCGAUGCCACAGCGGAUUACAUCUGCAAGGCUAAAUGGGGGGAUGUGGAGUUUCCACCACCUUUUGGUAGAGAGGCGUAUCCAGAGGAGGCAUACAUUGCAGAUCUGGACGCAAAGAGUGGUGCCAGUUUAAAGUUGACAUUGCUAAACCCUCGUGGCCGAAUCUGGACCAUGGUGGCUGGAGGAGGGGCUUCAGUUGUCUACAGUGACACCAUCUGUGACCUGGGCGGAGUGGAUGAGCUGGCAAACUAUGGAGAAUAUUCCGGUGCUCCCAGUGAGCAGCAGACGUACGACUACGCAAAAACCAUCCUAUCUCUCAUGACACGUGAAAAACACCCUGAAGGGAAAGUGCUGAUCAUCGGAGGAAGUAUUGCCAACUUCACCAAUGUAGCAGCCACAUUCAAGGGCAUUGUCAGGGCCAUCAAAGACUACCAGGGUCCUCUGAAGGAACACGAGGUCACCAUCUUUGUACGACGUGGUGGACCGAACUACCAGGAGGGCCUAAGGGUGAUGGGGGAAGUUGGUAAGACCACGGGCAUUCCUAUCCACGUGUUUGGUACUGAAACCCAUAUGACGGCCAUUGUCGGUAUGGCCCUGGGCCACCGACCAAUCCCUAACCAGCCCCCAAUGGACGCACAUACUGCCAACUUCCUCCUUAAUGCCAGCAGUAGUGCAAAGACUCCAGCUUCCACAAGGACAGCUUCCUUCUCUGAACCCAGGUCACCCACUGACGCAACUCCAGCAAAAAAGUGUAAAGCAGGUCUUCCAGCAGACUAUCUUCAUACUAUACUGUGGCCUCUGAAGAAUGUGGUCACAGCAGAUUGGAAAGCCAAAGCCACUACACUCUUCAGAAAAAACACCAAGUCCAUUGUGUGGGGGAUGCAGACGCGCGCCGUGCAGGGCAUGCUGGACUUUGACUACGUGUGCUCCCGGGAAGAACCUUCUGUGGCAGCUAUGGUCUAUCCCUUUACUGGAGAUCACAAGCAGAAGUUCUAUUGGGGCCACAAAGAAAUCCUGCUGCCAGUCUACAAGAGCAUGGCUGAUGCCACAAAGAAGCACCCGGAGGUGGACGUCAUGAUCAGUUUUGCGUCGCUGCGCUCAGCCUUCGACAGCACAGUGGAGGCCAUGCAGUACCCACAGAUUCACACCAUUGCCAUUAUAGCCGAGGGCAUCCCUGAAGCACAGACAAGGAAGUUGAUCAAGAUGGCGGACGAGAAAGGUGUCACAAUCAUUGGUCCUGCCACGGUCGGUGGCAUCAAGCCAGGCUGUUUUAAAAUUGGAAACACCGGUGGUAUGCUGGAUAACAUCCUGGCUUCCAAACUGUACCGUCCAGGCAGCGUGGCCUAUGUGUCACGCUCUGGAGGCAUGUCCAACGAGCUGAACAACAUCAUCUCCCGCACCACAGACGGCGUCUAUGAAGGUGUCGCCAUUGGAGGAGACAGAUAUCCAGGCUCGACCUUCAUGGAUCACGUUCUUCGUUACCAGGACACUCCAGGCAUUCAGAUGAUAGUGGUGCUGGGAGAGAUUGGAGGCACAGAGGAGUACAAAAUCUGCCAAGGCAUCCAAGAGGGCAGGAUAACCAAGCCUGUAGUGUGCUGGUGUAUUGGAACCUGUGCCACCAUGUUUACUUCAGAGGUUCAGUUCGGCCAUGCAGGGGCCUGCGCCAACCAGGCUUCAGAAACAGCGAUGGCCAAGAACCAGGCUCUGAGGGACGCCGGGGCUUAUGUUCCCAAGAGCUUUGACGAGCUGGGAGAUGUCAUCAGGACUGUUUAUGAUGAGCUGGUGGCCGAUGGUACCAUCGUUCCUGCCCAGGAGGUUCCUCCUCCAACUGUACCUAUGGAUUAUUCUUGGGCUAGGGAGUUGGGACUGAUCCGUAAACCAGCGUCGUUCAUGACCAGCAUCUGUGACGAACGAGGCCAGGAGCUCAUCUAUGCCGGCAUGUCCAUCACCGAAGUCUUUAAAGAGGAGAUGGGCAUUGGAGGCGUGCUGGGUUUGCUCUGGUUCCAGCGCAGGUUGCCCCGCUACGCCUGCCAGUUCAUUGAAAUGUGUCUGAUGGUGACGGCAGACCACGGGCCCGCUGUCUCUGGUGCACACAACACCAUUGUCUGUGCUCGUGCAGGCAAAGACCUGGUGUCAAGCCUCACCUCUGGCCUGCUCACUAUCGGUGACCGUUUCGGAGGUGCUCUGGAUGCAGCUGCAAAGCAGUUCAGUAAGGCCUUCGACAGCGGCAUGCUGCCCAUGGAAUUUGUCAACAAGAUGAAGAAGGACGGGAAGCUGAUCAUGGGCAUCGGCCACAGGGUCAAAUCGAUCAACAACCCAGACAUGCGGGUGCAGAUCCUGAAGGACUUUGUGAAGCAACAUUUCCCUUCCAGCCAACUACUCGACUACGCCCUGGAUGUCGAGAAAAUCACCACUUCUAAGAAACCCAACCUAAUCCUCAACGUAGACGGUUUUAUUGGUGUUGCCUUUGUGGACCUGCUCAGAACGUGUGGCGGCUUCACACGAGAUGAGGCUGACGAGUUUGUGGAGAUCGGUGCACUAAAUGGCAUCUUUGUCCUCGGCCGGAGUAUGGGCUUCAUCGGCCAUUACCUGGACCAGAAGCGGCUGAAACAGGGACUGUACCGUCACCCCUGGGACGAUAUCUCCUAUGUGCUUCCUGAACACAUGUCCAUGUAAACAAAAACCACGUCCCAGACUGGGACACCCUCGUUUCACUCCACAUACAUUUACUCUCUGGUUAUGACAAUAGCUGUCUCUUGGGAAACAAAGGGCAGGAUGACUCUGGAAAGUAGAAGUAUCAUCUGGUUUAGGGAUCUGGGUAAAGUUUUUUUCGAUCUAGUUUUUACGGAGACAAAGGGGAGUAUAUUUUUAGAUUUAGUUUUUGACAAAUAAUUUAAAAAGUCUGAGAUGUAACUUAUUCAGUUUUGAAGAAAGAGCCAAACCAAUGCAAACUCACCCGGUACUUCAAAGGUGCAAAAUCCAAAACUGAGCGCCAGCAUGUCGGACCACAACAAGUAUACUAUCGUGAUUGUGCACACAUAGUACAUGCAUGUGUCGGCCAUGUUGUCAGGAAAACGGACACCUAACACUUGUGACCUGUAAGGGAGGAGGGCUCGACUGAGCAGCUCUUCUAGUGCUGUGUUUAAGUGUAACACGCACACUCGAAAUUGUGUAAACAACAUCUCCAUCUGAGUUUUUAGAUAACUUUGAACUUAAUGCACAUCAUUAAUAUGAUGGGAACAUUAAAGCUAAGAAAACAUCGGUACUGACUACAUGUUUACGUAAAUGAUAUUUGUUUCCUGACAUCGCGUGAGGCCAAAUGCUGCAAAUUGCACCUUUUUUAUUAAAAAAAAAUUAUUAAUAAUAAUAAUAAUAAUAAUAAUAAUGAAGGCUUGUGUUACAUAGUUGGCUUAAAGCACAUUUAAAAUCUGACUCCUGAUUUUUAUGGGGUCUGAUGAAAAUGCAGGAGCAGCUGCUGCUGGGAAAUGUGUUCACCAAUACACUCGUAUUGUCUUCUUUGUUCUGUUUGCAAACAAUAUUUCUGAUUUAUUUGAACAUGCAUCUGCCUGUUCCAGUCCACAACAAAGUGUGCUUAAGUAUACUUCCUUCAGUCUUGCACCUUAGUUUUAACACUAGUAAAUGUAGACCUACUGUGGGUUUUCUAAUUUAUUUCUGACUUUCACUCCUAUUAAGAAAGAUAUAGAUAAUAUUAAACCAAAUUGGUAGAUAUAAACCAGUAGUAGCUAUGACAGGGUGUAUCUAGAUCUAACAUUUUGAGAAUGAGGCAUUAACAGAUUAAGCAAAGACACAUACCCAGGAUCUAAAGCCUCACUUCCGUUAAGCAGUACAGUGCAAUUUGUCAUGAUAACCCUGCGCUGGUUUGCGUUUCCACUACAGGUUAAAGUUGUACAGACUGCAGUGUGUUUAGCUCCAUCCCUAAGGAGCCGGACCGCUGUGCUUGAUACCCCAACAUUAGUGUGCCAAACACUGGGUCACUUGUCUUGGUGCUCAACUUAAUGUUUGACAGUGAAAACACAAAUAAUUGAGUAACACUGAAGUGAACCGGACUGUGCCACUUUGUGGAAACAGGGAUUUAUCAGUAACAUUGACUUUCUGUUUACAACCCCUGUUGUAGACAAGUAAUUGAAAUUCAUCUACUACUGUAAAUUUGAUGCAGUUUAUUUUACACUACUCAAAUUAAUUUACUUGUGCUGCAGUUCAGAAUAUCUAUUAGGAAAUGGGAGAAUGUCGAAGCAGGACAGAGGAAACGCUUCAUGAAUGAGCCCUAUGAGUCUUGGAAGCAUCUAUAGUGAGGGACCAUGAAAGCACUUCACUUUAUUCUGGGAUGUUAUUCUUGUAAAAUGGGAGAGAUGUUGACUCGGAAAAAUAAUCGUUCACUAAAAAAAAAAAAAACUUGACACCAACUCAAAGACCUUUGUAACUACCCGCUCUGCAGCCUGUUGUGUUUGGUCCUUGUUUUGCUGUUUUUAUUUAACUAUGAAAGAAAUGUUUGUUUUUGUACUAUGCUGUCAUAUAGUAUAAUAAUAAUAAUAAAGGGCGUAUUGUUUUACUUUU